GGCGUGGCUCGGGUUCCUCCUCUGCUCUCCAGUAGAACAACUUCUCCACACUUCCUCGGUGUGUCUUAUCUCCUGUCCGACAUGGCGAAGCCUCUGAGCGACCAAGAGAAGCGCAAGCAGAUCAGCGUGCGCGGCAUCGCGGGUCUCGGGGACGUGGCGGAGAUCAAGAAGAGCUUUAACCGGCACCUGCACUUCACGCUGGUGAAGGACCGGAACGUGGCCACGCCGCGGGAUUACUACUUCGCGCUCGCGCACACGGUGCGGGAUCACCUGGUGGGCCGCUGGAUCCGCACUCAGCAGCACUACUACGAGAAAGAUCCAAAGAGGAUCCACUAUCUCUCUCUGGAGUUCUACAUGGGCAGAACCCUGCAGAACACCAUGAUCAACCUUGGCCUGCAGAACGCCUGCGAUGAAGCGAUCUAUCAGCUUGGUCUGGAUCUGGAAGAGCUGGAGGACAUUGAGGAAGAUGCUGGACUGGGGAAUGGUGGACUGGGCCGGCUUGCAGCCUGUUUUCUGGACUCGAUGGCCACUCUGGGUUUGGCAGCGUAUGGUUAUGGCAUUCGCUACGAGUUUGGAAUCUUCAACCAAAAAAUCUCAAACGGUUGGCAGGUGGAGGAAGCUGAUGAUUGGCUGCGCUAUGGAAACCCCUGGGAGAAGGCCCGUCCCGAGUACAUGCUCCCGGUGCAUUUCUACGGCAGGGUGGAGCACACGGAGGAGGGGCCUAAGUGGGUGGACACUCAGGUGAUCCUGGCAAUGCCGUACGACACACCUGUCCCCGGCUACAAGAACAACACGGUGAACACCAUGAGACUCUGGUCUGCCAAAGCGCCUAAUGACUUCAAUCUUCAAGAAUUUAAUGUUGGAGAUUACAUCCAGGCUGUUUUGGACAGGAACCUGGCGGAGAACAUCUCCCGAGUGCUUUAUCCCAACGACAAUUUUUUCGAAGGUAAGGAGCUCCGUCUCAAGCAGGAGUACUUUGUGGUAGCAGCCACUCUACAGGACAUCAUCCGACGCUUUAAAUCUUCCAAGUUCGGCAGCAGAGUCCAUGUGCGCACUUCAAUGGAGAACUUUCCAGAUAAGGUAGCGAUCCAGCUAAAUGACACACACCCUGCUCUGGCCAUUCCUGAGCUAAUGAGGAUUCUCCUGGAUGUGGAGAAACUAAACUGGGACAAGUCAUGGGAGAUCACCACCAAGACGUGUGCAUACACAAACCAUACAGUUCUCCCAGAAGCUCUGGAGCGUUGGCCUGUAUACAUGUUUGAGAAACUUCUGCCCAGACACCUGCAGAUCAUCUAUGAGAUCAACCAGCGUCACCUGAAUAGGAUAUCAGCCCUGUAUCCCGGGGACUCAGAUCGCCUCCGCAGGAUGUCCCUAAUCGAGGAGGGCGACCCCAAGAGGAUAAACAUGGCUCACUUGUGUGUGGUGGGAUCUCACGCUGUCAACGGAGUCGCUCGCAUCCAUUCCGAUAUCGUCAAAACCACAGUUUUUAAGGACUUCUGUGACAUCGAGCCGGAGAAGUUUCAGAACAAGACGAAUGGCAUCACCCCGCGCUGGCUCCUGCUCUGUAACCCCGGCCUGGCUGAAGUUAUUGCGGAGAAAAUCGGUGAGGAUUUUCUGAAGGACCUGUCCCAGCUUAAGAAGCUGCUGGACUUCGUCAAUAACGACGCGUUCAUCAGAGACGUGGCAAAAGUCAAACAGGAGAACAAGCAGAAGUUAGCAGCAUACCUGGAGAAGACCUACAAGGUCCAGAUCAAUCCAGAGUCCAUCUUUGACAUUCACGUGAAGAGGAUCCACGAGUACAAGCGGCAACUGCUGAACUGCCUGCACAUAAUCACCUACUAUAAUCGGAUCAGGAAAGAGCCGAACAAGAAGUUUGUACCCAGAACGAUCAUGAUCGGGGGAAAGGCAGCACCAGGAUACCACAUGGCUAAAUCUAUCAUAAAGCUGAUCACCUCGGUGGCAGACGUGGUCAAUAAUGACCCAUUGGUGGGGGAUCGGCUUAAGGUGAUCUUCCUGGAGAACUACAGAGUCUCACUGGCUGAGAAAGUGAUCCCAGCAGCAGACCUGUCUGAGCAGAUCUCCACCGCCGGCACAGAAGCUUCCGGAACAGGGAACAUGAAGUUCAUGCUGAACGGCGCCCUCACCAUCGGCACCAUGGAUGGCGCUAACGUGGAGAUGGCCGAGGAAGCGGGAGAGGAGAACCUCUUCAUCUUCGGCAUGAGGGUGGAGGACGUGGAGGCCAUGGACCGCAAAGGCUACAACGCUCGUGAGUACUAUGACCGCUUGCCAGAGCUCAGUCUCGCGAUGGAUCAGAUCAGCUCAGGUCGCUUCAGUCCUCAAGAGCCAGAGCUGUUCAUGGAUAUCGUCAACAUGUUGAUGAACCAUGACCGUUUCAAGGUAUUUGCAGAUUAUGAGGCUUAUAUCCACUGCCAGGAGAAAGUCAAUGACCUCUACAAGAACCCUAAAGAAUGGACCAAGAUGGUGAUAAGAAACAUCGCCAGCUCUGGAAAGUUCUCCAGCGAUCGCACCAUCUCAGAGUACGCACGCGAGAUCUGGGGUGUGGAGCCAACAGAUCAGAAGAUUCCUCCACCCAAUGUGCCUCGAGACUGAGGCAGGGUUUACACGCCGGUUUGGCCAGUGAUUUGAUCCAUAUUCUGCGCUUUCAUUCUUUACUACUGUAGGUUCUGUUUGGUCACGAGGUUCUGAUUGACCGACUGUGCUGUCGAUAGAAUCAAUUAUACUUCUAUAAUACUGUGUGUAACAUUCAAGACCAACCAGCUUUCCGUGCCUUAUCACUCCGCUUUUCAUAAAGAUCUCUUAUAUUCAUGUACUGUUUUGCCUCAAAGCUACAUAGCGCACACAUUGUAUUGUGAAAAAAAUUUCGUUUGUUUUUUUUACACACAUUCCUUAAAAGCAAAAAAUGAUCCUUUUUUGUGCCUACUGUAUGCAAUUCUAUAAAGUUGCAUUAAACAUAACUGCGCUUCGCAGCACAGUUUGCGAUUAGCACUUUAGAUCAUGUGCAGUGGUUAGCACUUGCCAUAUCUUGGUUCUAUAGAUACAAUUUAGUACACUGUGCAAUUAAAUGCUAGCUCAUGCGUCAUAGAGUAUAGAUUAUAAUUCUCAAGGUAAUGAUUCAGCACUUUUUUUUUUUUUUCAAGCGCUAUUUAACUGCACUUCAGUUAGCUAAUAUGGACGCAAGCUAACCUUCCCUUUAAUCCUUUUGUAACGCCAGACUGUUAAAAAACAGCAGAAAGUAGAGUAGGUUGAACACGAGCAGGGGAACAAAAUCACACUUUGCAUUAAAAUCAGGAAAGUGUUUGUGUGUUCGGAUUCAGCGAUCAUUAUUUUGAUCAAUAGUUUAAUAUGUUCCUGGGUGUUUUUGCUGGAUUUGUGCUCAAUCAAAAUGUGUUUUCAAAUAAUAAAGCUGUUUAAAGGA